AUGGAGUCUGUAACAGUGAAGCUGGCAACACCACCAUCACGACCAGAACUACCAACACCACCAUCGGCAGGGGAAAUAUCACCAACAAGAACACCCACUCUUAGCGAAACGUCCAAAAUUUCGGUCAUCCUCACAGCCUCUUUCGCGGCCAUCAUCUCGCCCAUCUCCAGCAGUAUAUACUUUCCAGCCCUCAACUCUUUAGCAGAGGACCUUCAUGUAUCAAUUUCUCUCAUCACCUUGACCGUCACUACUUACCUGAUCUUCCAAGGGAUCGCCCCCUCCUUCAUCGGCAACUUCUCCGAUACCUACGGCCGUCGACCCGCCUACAUCAUCUGCUUCGCCAUCUACAUUGCCGCCAACAUCGGCCUCGCCCUGCAGGACAGCUACGUCGCCCUCAUGGUGCUCCGCUGCCUGCAGAGCUCCGGCAGCAGCGGCACCAUUGCGCUGGGGAGCGCCGUCGUCGCCGACGUCUCUACUCGUGCCGAGCGCGGCAGGUACAUUGGCUACGCAUCCAUGGGUGUCACGUUAGGCCCAGCCCUCGGCCCCAUCGUCGGCGGUCUUCUCGACCAGUACUUAGGCUGGCGGUCGAUAUUCUGGUUCCUCGUCAUAUUCGCGGGCGUCUUCUUCGUCGUCACGCUGAUCGCCAUGCCACAGACGUGCCGCGCCGUGGUGGGAAACGGCUCGGGGGCGGUACCUACCUGGCAGCUUUCUCUUGUGCAGUUUCUUCGACAAAGAGGCAAAAGGAAACAGGGUCCAGAAGCCAUCGAUGUUCAAUUCGCCAAAAGAGGCCCGAGACGUCCAAACCCAUUUGCUUCAGUCAAGAUUGCGGCCGACAAGGAAGCUGGCAUCAUCUUGUGGUAUGGCUCGCUGCUCUACGCCGGCUACUUUGCCGUCCUGAGCACCUGGUCGCCGCAGCUCAAGGCUAGAUACAGCUUUGACUCGCUCAAGAUUGGGCUGUGCUAUCUGCCUCUUGGUCUUGGUAGCCUCACGUCUCGCUGGACCGUGGGCCGCCUCUUGGACAUGAACUUUCACCGGCUGGCUCGUCAGCACAACAUGCCCAUCAUAAAGAACAAACAACAAGACAUUCGCGAAUUCCCCGUCGAGGCUGCUCGACUGCAAAUCUCAAUACCGCUCAUUUACGGGGCCUGUGCGUGCAUCGUGGCCUAUUCAUGGGUCUUGAGCUUCAAAACCAACCUGGCCGGCCCCCUCGUCAUGCUCUUCUUCCUGGGCCACCUAGUCUCGGGGGCCUUCAGCUCCCUCAACACCCUCGUCGUCGAUAUCAACAAGGAAAGCCCGGCGACUGCCGUGGCCGCCAACAAUCUCUUUCGCUGCUUGAUGGGCGCCGGCGCCUCCGCCGUUGCGAACCCGCUCAUUGGCCGGAUCGGGAUCGGCUGGACGGGAACAGUCAUUGCGUGCCUCUGGCUCGUCUUCAGCCCCUCUCUCUGGGCCGUCAUGGAGUACGGGCUCAAGUGGAGGGGUGAGGCGGACGCAAAGAGGCUAAAGAAAAAGGAAAAGGAAGAAGAAGAGAAGCGGCAGGCGAAUCCAGAGGCGGGAUCUACAGCCCAACGUAGCACACCAUGA